CAGGCUUCUACGGGUAGCUGAUUACUCGCCAUCGCCAGGACUAGUCCAACAAGUGAGUGGCUUUUGAGUCUGGUGCCGCAGAUGUCAAUACCCCAUGACCGUAGCCUUCACAUGCUUGACGUUUGGCACCGCUCAGAACUGUCUCCCGUUUCUUAAGCUUGCCGGCUGAGGAGAAGUCAAUUGCUUGAUCUUCGUCCUUUCCAAGCCAAAUAUGGCGGACCGCCAGUCCUCCGAGUCAUCACAUAGCGCAGCUGGACCACUGCGCUCGUCUGUAACAGACGCAGAUGGCGAAAUAGCCCUUCAACCUGUUCAGAACAAAUCCGCAGAGGAACCACUUCUUGCUGAAUCCGAGAGAUCCUUCGAAGACCCCAUUUACAACCAAUACAAGUCGAGGCGCAAGACUUUGCUGUCGGCUUUGAUCCUCUUAUCGCUGCUGUGCCUGCUCCUUACCAUUGCCGUCGGGAUACUUGUCGCUCCUAAGGGGCUUGUGCAUGGACACCGCGAUGAGUCCCGCUGGAAUGUCAAAAACUUCAAAUCUUUUAUCGCCUUUGGUGACAGCUACACCGACGAACGGCGGAUGGCAUACAUCUCGCUACAUAAUAACACACCACCUCCACCCGGCACCCUUCUAGGCGAAUCCUUCCACACCACUUCCGGUGGUCGAAUUUGGGCUCGCUAUGUUGUUCAAUACACUGGGUCGUCUGACAACGGGCAGUGGACGCCGCAGAUGAACCUGUACAACUAUGCAGUUGGUGGCUCUUUCUGCACAAAAGAGAUUGUACCUAGAGUGCACCCCACCCUCCUCGAGUACGCCGUACCAGCAUUCGUGGCGGACCAGGACACGAACGAAACGUCGGAGCCAUUAUUUAAACCAGACCUCACACCAUCCAACUCCGUCUUCUCGGUGUGGAUAGGUACGAACGAUCUGGGCAUGUUUGCUUUCCUAACCGACGAUCAAGUGCGCGGGAAAACGCUCACUGAUUACACCGACUGCGUCUAUACUGCCCUCGAUGGAUUAUACGCUGCUGGGGCGAGAACAUUCGUUCUUAUGAAUACCGCACCCCUGCAUCUGGCCCCGGCAUAUGCAAACAGGACGCUGCAUGGCGAAGGCAAAGGAGAUAACAACGGCAGAGCCGAGAAGAUGAAGGAACUCACAACUUCUGCCAACAAUAUAUUCAGAUAUCAGACACCAUAUGAAUUUACGGUCUCGCGCCGCUACCCGGGAGCACAAGUCGCACUAUUCGACGUGUGGAGCUUGUUCCACGAUAUCUACUUCGAUCCCGAAACUUACCUCAACGGAACAGCCCCGGCCAACGUCACAAGUUAUAUCACUCAUUCAAAAGAGACUCGAAAGAGCCCAGAUAGUUUCCUGUGGCACGACAAUCUCCACCCCAGCGAGCAGACCGAUCGGAUCAUUGCGAAGAAUUUCGUGGAGGUACUCAACGGCACGUCCAAGUAUGCUCAGUAUUGGUGAUUAUCGUCCGUAACCAAAAGAGGCUCCCAAGAACGGUUCGUCGUUGUCACAGAUCCUGUUAGCAGCUACGGUGCGCGGGUAAUGUGACACUAAACGACGGCUAUCUACAUGUGUCUCCAGGAGGGCCCGCACUGAACCCUAGGCAUGAACCGGAGCCCACAUAAAUACUUCAAAGACGAACCUCUCAGACCUGUCGCCAUAAUUCCAGCGCGAGACCGCUUUUCGGAAGUUUGGACCCAGACAGCAAGGCCUACGUCCUGGAUUACCGAAUGAUACAGGCUCGCGUGACACAGGACUCGAGAAGGACGCCAAAACCGAGCCCGAUGGUAUCUAUGCGAUGAGUACGCAAUCAAGGGCAGGCAAUUCGAACGAGACACUUCUGCCCUUUUCACGGCCUCCGUGGUGCGUCCAAUUUGAUGUCUGUGGGCUUGUCCCGGAACCGAACGUGCCACUUCAACACUCUCAAGGGCCACUGUUGGGUCGGCGCAAGUAUUUCUAGGCCUGCUAGCUGUUGGACGGAGUUUGGAUUCAUUCUUCACCGUUCAGAGACGUGUCGCUCAUCUAUUCAGCUAGUCUAGAGCCAUUUAUUUCAGGGGAUACUAGUAGCUUUUCUCUAUAGACUUCAGUCAUCUUGUCGGAUUUUACGAUCAACAUGAUGCUAUAAGCAUUCAAUGACAGUCGUCGAGCCGGCCCAGCUUGCUGCUAGCUAGAGUAUGUCCUGCACCAUUCUCCCACGACCUUCAGCCAUUGCAUGUUCCUGCC